UAAAAUCGGAUUUUGAGAAGAUAAUUUGUAUAAAUCUGCAGGGCUUGUGAUAGUGACACCCCUUGGUGCGUUGUUUUGUGUGGCCAGGACGAGCGCAGGGUGGUGUACGUGGGCCGCAUCCAGAGGACCAUGAUGCACUCGGAGCUGAGAGAACGCUUCUCUCUGUUUGGAGAGGUGGAGGAAUGCACCCUGCACUUUAGAGACAGGGGCGACCACUACGGCUUUGUGACGUUCUACAACAUGAAAGAUGCGUUCGCAGCCAUCGAGAACGGUUACAAGCUGAGGAGACCUGACGAGCUGCCCUUUGACCUCUGCUUCGGGGGCAGGCGUCAGUUCUGCAAAUCUACGUACGCCGACCUAGAUUCUAAUCGGGAAGAGGAGGACUCCACUCCAGUGAAAAUGAAGAGGAGGAGCUGGAUCUUUGACACUCUAUUGAAGCAGGCACAGAAAGGCUUGACGCGGUAGCAGAGUCCUGGAGGAAGAGAGGGAGCCAAGAAAGGAGUGAUGGAGAGAAGGUCCCAAAUGUCACCCUAUUCCCUAUAGAGGGUACUAACCUUAGGGUUCUGGUCCCAAAGCAGUGCCCUCUAUAGAAGGGAACGGGGUGUUAUUUGGGACUGAGCCAACAAGUUAGCAAGACUUACCUCAGAGCUACACACAUGCACAUACUUUAACAUUGUAGAAAUGUUGUUUUAACUUGUAUUGGUUCACUGUUAUCAACUCAUUUUAUUUACUGUGAUAGCACAACUUUGUUGAUGCAGUAAAAAGAUUUUUAAAGGAAAAAGAAUCAUAGGAAGAUGAUUAGAAUAUAACGUUGUUUUUUGUAUUAUUUUUAAUUUUUUAAGAAGGCUCUUUAAAUAUCUUUGUUGCACUAAUAUUGCACUUGCAAGCUUUGCU